AUGUACCCAGAAUACACCUCUAAAUACUUCCGGUAUCACUCGAGAGAACAUGUGUUUAUGGAAUACGUACGGCUAUCUGUUUUAAUUAAUAUAGUAAUUUUAUAAUGGUAUAAUUAACGUUUAAAGUUAUUAAGCUAGACCUGUAGUUACAUCACGCUUUUCGUAUAAUAAACGAGGAUAAUUUUGUAUUGAAAUUAGUUCAUAACAAUCUUGCAACAACAUGAAAACAAUUGUCUCCUCCAUCGCUUGGGUCAGGAGAGGAGUUGCCAAGGAAACGCCUGACAAGGUAGAACUGAGUAAAGAACAGUUGGAAAAACUCAUACAAGAAACAAAAGGGCAGUUAGAUGAUGCAGAGUCUGGUGAGGAAGAUUCGCAUGAUGAUGGAGCUGUGGAGAAUAAAGCAGAUGAUAAUCAAGAUGAACUUGCAGAAUAUGAUUUAGAUAACUAUGACGAUGAUGACACUGAGAUGGGCGCUGAUGGUGUGAGUUUACCUGAUGCGUUGGCGUCGUUAUCCAUGUAUGCAGAUGAGGCAGAUGAUCCAUACAUUACAUCAAAGAAGAGGCAAGAUGAAGACGAAGCUGAAGAUUUUCACAUAAAACCCACAGACAAUCUUGUACUUGUCGGUAAAGCGGAAGAAGAGUGCAGUAAUUUAGAAGUUUAUGUUUACAAUGAAAUUGAUGAUGUAUUGUACUGUCACCAUGACAUCAUACUUCCUGCAUUUCCACUGGCGUUAGAAUGCUUUAUAUUGAUACGACUACCGGUAUAUCAGCUGACCAACCAGAAAUCUAAAGUUAAAAAGGUUGGCCACACAGAUUCUGUAUUAGAUCUAUCCUGGAAUCACCAUGUGAAAAAUGUCCUAGCCAGUGCAUCAGCUGAUGCCACUGUUGCAUUAUGGGAUUUAACUCAAGGAAAACCUGUCACAACACUGAAGCAGCAUACAGAUAAAGUACAGACAUUACAGUGGCAUCCUUUUGAAGCCCAAUCAUUACUCACAGGUGGAUUUGAUAAAUGUGUUAAGGUGUUUGACUGUAGAAGUCCAGAUGACACACAUAAACAGUGGAAGUUCAAUGGUGAAAUUGAACGUGUUCUCUGGAACCAGUUUUCCCCAUUUUAUUUCUUAGCUAGUACAGACAAAGGUUUUGUAUAUUACGUAGAUGUACGCAGUGAUUCAACAGUAUUUACGCUUCAAGCACACAGUGAUGCAGUGACGGGGUUAAGCUUGAGUAGUCAAGUACCUGGUUGCCUGGUUACCACAUCUGCUGAUCAUUCCCUCAAAGUAUGGGAUAUACAGGGUGGUGAAAAUGUCCAAUGUUAG